AUGGUCAGUCUAAGACUAAUUACUCCGUUCCUGUUUUUGUUCCUGGCGCUGGCCAGUGCAAGUAGUAGUCUGGAGAUAACAAAAGACUCAUCAGUGGAUUCACAAUCAGAAUCCUACCACACCUUAUCCAGGCUCAGACGUUUGGCAGUGGAGUUUUUCGAUUACUACCAGAACAUAACGAUAUUCGAUCUGACACAGGAUAUAUAUAAUAAUAAACAUUCGCGACUGCCUUCUGUCGAGGAUCUGCGCUGCUUGGCAGAUCUCCAAAUACUUGGAAACGAUAUGUCGGCAUCCAAGGCUUGGGCCCUGAGAAUGAUCGACUCAUGGGGCUCGCUGCCUUCGGGAAUCCUCUAUGGAAAUCUGUAUGAUCUUGGGAACUAUGACGAGUGCCUUGGCAUAGAUCAUUCUGUCACGAGCAGUCACAAUGUCCAGGGAAAGUACUGUUUCGCUAAGAUUUCACUGGCUCCAAGUAUCUCCAGCUACCUAAAACUCAAGACAGCGGUCUGCUUUCCUGCCUCCUGUUCUGCCGCCCAUAUGGACACGAUGAUCCGAAAAUUAUUACAGAAUCUCCUCAAUAUAGAACUGAAUCAGGAGGAGCCACUAGUAAGGGAGGAUAAAUGUCAGACUGCAGAUCGAGAACCUUAUGAUGGCCUUACUAUAUUCACAAUUGUUGUGCUAUCGAUAUUGGGUGUGCUCGUUACCCUCUCCACUCUGUAUGACUAUAUAGUUCCCAAGAACAAAAAACCCCUUAAUCUGUGGAUUAAGGCUUUCUCUGCGCGGGCUAACUGCCGAGUUCUUUUCCGGUUAGUGGACACCAGGAGCAAUCCCAAUGUAAUAGACUGCCUUCAUGGAAUUCGGUGUAUCUCUUUCAUCUGGGUUGUCUAUGGCCAUGUAUAUCUCGUGUCUGCAUUCGGUCCCAAUAUGAACUAUGUUAAAGUCAGUAGGUGGCUAAAAUCGCCCUAUAGCAUGUUUAUACAGCAUGCAGCUUAUUCGGUAGACACUUUCUUUUUUUUGAGCGGCCUUUUACUGGUGGUGAUUGCCCUCCGAGCAAUGGAAAGGACCAAAGGAAAACUCAACAUACCUCUAAUGUAUCUGCAUCGUUAUCUGCGUCUCACUCCGGUCCUGGCUUUGGCCAUUAUUGUCUACAUGAAGAUAUUGCCCAGAAUGGGUGACGGCCCACUAUACGGAUCGGUGAACUUUGAUGAUUAUUCCUUGUGCGAGAACACCUGGUACUGGACACUCUUGUAUGUCCAGAACUAUGCAACCCACGAGAUCUGUCUGGGUCAUUCUUGGUAUCUCGCUGUCGACAUGCAGCUCUACAUCAUUGCACCCCUUCUUUUAAUCGGCCUCUAUAAAUGGAAAAGGAAGGCAGCCGCAGUGAUCUUUGUGUCUAUGCUGCUCCUAGCCGCGUGCCUCUUUAGCAUGAUGGUGAUCAAGGACAUUUCUCUUUUGUCGGUUACCAACGAUGCAAUGAAGAAAAUCUACUUCUCCACACACACUCGGGCGUCCCCUUAUCUCAUUGGCAUCCUCUUCGGGUAUUUCCUGCAUGUUAACCGGGGAAAAUCCUUUAAGCUCAACCGCAUUGCAGUUAUUUUGGGUUGGCUUUUAAGCUUGGCGUUGCUCUUCACCUGUUUGUUUUCGAUCUAUGGGUAUACCAAGAAUUCGGAGACACCGUCAAUUUUAGAAGAGGCCUUUAACUUGACUUUUACCCGUAUUGCCUGGCCAUUAGGCCUCUGCUGGGUGGUAUUUGCCUGCAUGCAAGGGUACGGAGGACUAGCCAACAGCUUCCUCUCUUCUCCACUUUGGCAGCCGAUGUCCAAGCUCUCCUACUCCGCCUAUAUAUUUCACAUGUUCAUCGAGGGCCUCAACGCCGGCCUUACGCGCACCAACACCUUCUUCAGUGACUACCAAGUGAUGCUACGAUUCUGGGGCGACUUUGGAUUCACAAUGAUCCUUGCUUUCGUUGCUUACAUCGCGAUUGAGGCGCCCUUCGGAAAUUUGGAAAACCUCUUGCUGCCUGCGAAGAAGCCUAGUCUUCCACCUGUGGUUCCUUCCAAGCAACCAAUAGGACAAACAACGUCUAUCCCACCAAUCGAAAAUAAAUUGCCACUACCGGAAUAG